AUGGCGCCCAAGGGCAAGGCAAAGUCACGCUCCAGCAAAGCAGGUUUGCAGUUUCCGGUGGGGCGCGUCCACCGGUACCUGCGAGACGGCGGGUACGCGGAGCGCAUCGGCGCUGGCGCGCCCGUCUACCUCGCUGCAGUCAUGGAGUACCUGACCGCCGAGGUUCUCGAGCUGGCGGGCAACGCUGCGCGCGACAACAAGAAGACGCGCAUCAUCCCGCGUCAUAUCCAGCUGGCGAUCCGCAACGACGAGGAGCUGAACAAGCUCCUGGCGGACGUGACCAUUGCGUCUGGCGGCGUGUUGCCGAAUAUCCACGCAGUGCUUCUCCCGAAGAAGAAAGCCAAAGGCGAGUAA